ACGGCGGAAGUGCUUUCUCGACGCAUGGUACUUUAGCCGUGGUCCUUUACCCUUCGAAAGUAGCUAACGUUUCUUAGACUAUUUAGAAAAUAUCAUACAGACAAUGGCUGAUUUUAGUAGUUUUGAUAUGUCAUCUGCCAGUUCCACUGAGAAUGCCGACACUUCGGAACUUCAGCGACUGAUUGCCGUGGAGCAACAGAAAGCUCAGUUUCAAGCACAGGUUCACAAUUUUACGGAUGCAUGCUGGGACAAAUGCAUGGAUAAACCGAGCACGAAGCUGGAUUCGAGGACAGAGACGUGCCUCGUGAACUGUGUGGAGCGUUUCAUCGACACAACUCUGACCAUAACUAAUCGCUUCUCGCAGAUGGUUCAAAAAGGCACACACUGAAGGAAUGUGACUUCAAGGACAACUAGACAUUUUAAGAAACAUAUUUAACGCCCUGUCUCUGUUUCUCUACCGUGUUUUAAUAUAAGUUAAAGGUGUAAAAUGAUUGAUAUAUAAUUGGCGUGGGCCGAAAUAUAUCGUGUGUGAGGACAGAACAAACAUCCUAUCCCAGACGCAAAGGCUGUAGAUUUCACUGCUUUGGUUUUGUUAAUCCAUUGCUAAUUAUUCAUUGCAGAACAACUGUGGACAGUUCUCAGCAGACCUUAGUACCGAAAUGUUUGUUUUAUAGAUACUUUAGCCGUCAUCACUUUCUUGCAGGCAAGAAUUCCUGCAUAACGGUCCAGGAUCUUUAGCAACUCAAAAGUAAUGUGAAGAUUUGUAACGAUUUCUUAAUAAAACUGAAUGGGUGAUUUGGCAAGUGGUAAUUUUUGUUUACACUCUUGUUUGUUUGUUUGUAUGUAUGUAUGUAUGUAUUUAUGAAUUGCAAGCAAACAUGAUUGAAUUGCUCUUA